AUGGCCGCGCCUUUUGUUGAUUUUUACAAGAGGUUAUCAAUAAGCCCCAAAGCGACAACAGAACAAAUCAAAUCGGCAUUUUUUAAGCUUGCGAAAUCGUGUCAUCCCGAUAUUAAUACAACAGGUGGGGACGCAAAAUUCAAACAAAUUAAUGAUGCCUAUCAAACAUUGACGAAGAAUCGGAGUGCGUAUGACACCCAGUAUGCAACGCACUACAAACGACGGCCUUCGUCUACAUUCACGUCUCGUGCUUCCAAUCCUUCCAAUCCUUCCAAUACUUCCAAUUCUUCCACUUCUCCAUUUGAGCAAGCUGGGAGAGCUUCAGCAUUUCAUUGGGGGGAUGUUUGGACGCAGCCAGAGUCAAAGCGCGAGAAACAGAGAAAACCGCGCGCUACAGAAAAACCUCAGACUUCAAAGGAAAAGGAGUUCGAUAAACGAUUCUUUUGGAGUGAUGGUUGCGAUGAGUACUGGUACAAUCAUGACUGUGAAGACUAUUUAGACAAAAAGAAAAGCAAAGGAGGGAAACGGCGAUUCAUAGAUGAAGAGGAAUUGAUUGAACGUGAAUUGAUGCGACAAGAACGAGAAAGGCGCGGAUUUGACGAAUACGAAUCUGAUGAUGAUGAGGAUGAGUUUGAAUUCCUGGAAUUUGUCACUCGAAGGGGAAGAUACGAUUCGGAGAUGGAGCCAUCUGACAUCAGGACUACAAAUCGAUUGAGUCGAAAAGUUCUGCAACGAAUUCGUGAAAAUCCCCGAUUGUCUGACGUCGGAUUAUUGAGGAAAUUUGGACUCGAUCCUCGUUUGUUUGGUCUUGAUGAAUCCGAUUUGCAUGAUCAAGAGGUGAAAGCAGCGUCAACUGAAAGGAGUGAAGCAGAAAGGAGAGGAAACAAAAAACGUCACUUGGAAAGAGAGAUGAAGGAAGACAAAGUGGCAUACGAUUUUGAGGAUGGAUGCUUCAAAUGGAAGGAGAAGAUGAAAAGAAAGAACAAACAUCAGGAUCAUGAUUAUGAUGAAAAUUUAGACAGGGAAGAAAAUCAACCCCCCCCCUGA